CGCCGCCUUGUUUCCUCUACUCUCACUUUCUCAUGCUGAGUGACGGUCAGAGUAACUCCACUUUAUCCGUCCUCUUGUAAGCUCCACAGUGAGACAUGACAGACACCAUGUUUGGCAGUGAGAAUGAGCACUGGGUCUGUCCCAAUGACAGACAGCUAAUGCUUAGAGCAAAGUUACGAACAGGCUGGUCCAUUCACACAUUUCAGUCCGAGAGACAGAGGAAAGCUCAGACCCUUGAGAAAAGAGAGCUGGAUCUCAUCAUGAGUGUCAUCCACCGCGCUGAACAGCUCGAGAUCAUUGAGCAACACCGGAUUGGACGUUUAGUGGAGCGUCUGGAGAACAUGAGGAGGUCUGCUGUGGGAAACGGCCUGUCACAGUGCCUGCUGUGUGGAGAAGCGUUUGGGCUGCUGAGUUCUCCCUCCGUCCUCUGUUUGGUCUGCUGCAUGAAGGUGUGCACUAAAUGUGGAAUUGAGACUACAGGCAGUCAAAAAAGGGCUCAGUGGCUUUGCAAGAUCUGCAGUGAACGGAGAGAGGUGUGGAAACGUUCUGGAGCCUGGUUCUACAAAGCCUUGCCGAAGCAUAUUCGUCCCAUUAAGGAUUCAAUUCUAGAUAACAGGAGGCCAGUAAUAGAAAGAGGAGAGCAGCUGCCAAUGGCCAGGAGUGCACCAAUCACCUAUACAUGGGCUCAAAGCAAAGUCAACUUAAGUGAAAGCGAUGGCAGUGAUGCUGAGCUCAGUGAAUGCAGCGGUGACAGGAAGACCUUCAUGUCUGAGACCGAUCAAAGAAGAGAUUCUGAAUCAAGUGGAGGCCAAGUGCAGUCCAGCAUCACCAGUCUAACUCAAACCAGCUUUCACAUGGAAAGUCCCUUCAGCAUCGCCAGCGAGCAAAGCAGCAUCAGCUUCAGUCCGUGUCUGGAGGAUGAGGUUAUAGACCAUAGUCAACCUUUACUGAGACCUGGAGGAAGGGAGACACGCAGAUAGAGACAGAGGAGGAGCAGGUGUGAGAGUAGCAUCUGCAUGUAUUGAUGGAUCAAGCUGAGUCUACUGCUGCUUCUGCAGUCCUCGUCUAACCUCAUCCUUCUGCUUAGCCCCGGCCUGGAAUGAACAAAUGUUUCCAGCAUGCAAAUCCAACUUCAAGCGUGUGACACGUUCCCAAGUCUUUGAAAUCACAUUUAGUGUUGUCAUUGUCACAUUUUACAGAUUAGUUUUUAAAGGUGGCAUUAUCUAAAAGGGAGAAAAAUCAGUGGUUUAGUCAAGAACCCAUUUCAAACAAGAAAAAGCCUAUGCACCUCUCCCCGUCACAAUCUGAUCAUCUAUUAAAACAUUGCAUGUUAAUUUAUACAAACAAAAACAAAAAAGGUUUCGACAGCAUUUAAGAACUUUACGAAUUCAUAAAAAUACAAAAAAAAUAUUUAGUCUUGUUUGAAAGGGGGAAAAAAUACAUUAAAUGCAUUUUGCUUAAAAGAUAAGUCAAUUAUCUGCUAGUGAGGAAGUAAAAUUUUCUUGCUUUAAGAACAUUUUUGCUUACCCCACUGCCAGUUCAUUUUAU